AUGGUAAAACCAGUUGUUAUUACAUGGAAAGCUAUUGUAGACUAUGACCUCAAGCACUCUCUUCCACCACUAAAUGAUUCUAUCCUUCGAGCAGUUCAGGCUGCUAGAAAAACAACAGAAAAUGCUAUAAACCUUCCCCGUAAGGAUGAGCAAGUGAGCAAAGCAAUAAUAGCUGCAAACAAGGCUGCCACUGCUGCUAGAGUUGCUGCAGUGAAAGCUGUUCAGAACCGAAUGGGUGGAAAAUUUUGCAAUAUUGAUGUCUAAGAGCUUAGAUUUUAGUUAGCUUAUGUUUGGAAUUGUAAAUUUUUGCUAAUUAUAUGUAUUUGGAAGAAGAUGCCCGCCCGGUGAGCAAAAGCUCAUUGGAGGUAGAAGAGUAUGUUUUGAUGUUUGUUUCCCAACGCAACUUAAAGUAACUAUUAACUUGCUCUAUGAAUUGAGAAAUAUUGAAUGACCACCUUUCGCAAAGAGCUGCGAAUCUGAGAAGUGUUGGAGGAGCCACUUACAUCUAUGUGUGAAAUUUGCGAAUUUGCGAAAUCUGCGAACUGAAAAUCUGUGAAAAUCUAUUGCAUUAGCAACUUCAAUCCAUGUGUGAUUUAAAGAAAGGGGAUUAGGGUUAUUGUAAUUUAGAGAAAAAGGACAAAGUUCUUAAGACAAAGGGGAUUAACAUAUUGCGUGAAGUAUUUCAGAGGGUCUGGGCCAACCCAUGGAUAACCCAACCCUGAUCUAUAUACUUUGGAUUAUAUAAUUUAGAGCUUAAUUAUUAUUUUUUAUUUAACACAGGAUUAAGGCUGGAUGAGUUUUUUCAGGGCGGGCUGGGUCUUGGGCUAUAACUCUGAUUGACAACUCUAAUUACAAUACACAAAAAAAAAUAUCUGACUGAGCAAUCUUAAUUAUUAAAGAGAAGCAUGUGGAAGAACAACGUCAACAGCUGUAUUAUAAGUUGGAACAGUCCCGAAGGAGAAACGUGUCACAAAUAAGAGAGAGCAGUUACAGAAUAGAUAUAGAUAUUUGGGGAAUGAAGAAGUUAUGUAUUUCAUAAUGUCUUGUCAUAAUGUCUUGCUUUGUGCUAUGAGUUAUGACAUGAAAUAACAGCAAACGAGACAAGGACUAAUGCCCCCACACAUAAGUUGGAAAACAGACCCAAGCAUGGACCCCUUCAACCCCUCCAAGCAGUUAUGUCCAAAUGAGGGUCCCAAUUCAUUAUUGAGAAAAUUUUGUUCAAUAAUUUAAGAUUUUCUCGAACUGUUAAAGCCUAUUUGACAUUUUGGCCAUUCUACACUUCAUUGCGUUUGUGAUAAGUUAUAUUAUAAUGCUAAAGGGAUAAAACAAAUAUCAAGAAACUUCUUUGCUUUCUAUUCUUUGCAGUUUCCUUCUCCUUGUGAUUGUUAUUUGCAGCCCAGAGAAAAAUUGAGACUCACAAGAUGAGAGAGAUAAUAAGUAUUCAUAUUGGACAAGCAGGAAUUCAGGUGGGGAAUUCAUGUUGGGAGCUGUAUUGCCUUGAGCAUGGAAUUCAGCCUGAUGGCAUGAUGCCAAGUGAUAAGUCAGUUGGCAUUGCACAUGAUGCUUUCAACACCUUCUUCAGUGAGACUGGAUCGGGCAAGCAUGUGCCAAGGGCAUUAUUUGUUGAUCUGGAACCUAGUGUUAUUGAUGAAGUAAGAUCUGGCCCUUACAGACAACUCUUUCACCCUGAGCAAUUAAUUUCUGGCAAGGAAGAUGCUGCUAAUAAUUUUGCAAGGGGACAUUACACUGUUGGAAGAGAAAUUGUUGAACUAUGUCUUGAUCGUAUCAGAAAAUUAGCAGACAACUGCACUGGUUUGCAAGGAUUCUUGGUUUUCAAUGCUGUUGGUGGUGGCACUGGUUCUGGUUUGGGAUCAUUACUUCUGGAACGAUUGUCUGUAGAUUAUGGGAAGAAGUCUAAACUUGGCUUUACCAUCUAUCCUUCUCCUCAGGUAUCUACUGCAGUUGUAGAACCUUACAACAGUGUCCUUUCCACACAUUCUCUUCUUGAGCACACUGAUGUGGUUGUGCUUUUGGACAAUGAAGCAAUAUAUGAUAUCUGCAGAAAAUCAUUAGAUAUAGAAAGGCCAACUUACACAAACUUGAACCGUCUGAUAUCUCAAGUUAUCUCUUCCUUGACCACUUCCUUGAGAUUUGAUGGUGCAAUUAAUGUGGACAUUACUGAGUUCCAGACUAAUCUUGUGCCAUACCCUCGUAUCCAUUUCAUGCUUUCAUCUUAUGCUCCUGUAAUAUCGGCUGCAAAGGCCUACCACGAGCAGCUAUCAGUUCCAGAGAUCACCAGUGCUGUUUUUGAGCCAUCAAGUAUGAUGGCUAAGUGUGAUCCAAGACAUGGCAAGUACAUGGCAUGCUGCCUAAUGUAUCGUGGGGACGUUGUUCCCAAAGAUGUAAAUGCAGCUGUUUCAAAUAUCAAGACAAAGCGAACCAUUCAAUUUGUUGACUGGUGUCCUACUGGAUUCAAGUGUGGUAUCAACUACCAGCCUCCAACGGUGGUACCAGGUGGUGAUCUUGCCAUGGUGCAGCGGGCACUUUGUAUGAUAAGCAACAACACAGCUGUUGCGGAGGUUUUCUCUCGCAUUGAUCACAAGUUUGAUCUCAUGUAUGCUAAGAGGGCAUUUGUCCACUGGUAUGUGGGUGAAGGAAUGGAAGAAGGUGAAUUCUCAGAAGCCCGGGAGGAUCUUGCUGCUCUUGAAAAGGACUAUGAAGAGGUUGGAGAAGAAGGUGAAGAAGACGAAGAAGAAGGAGAAGAAUCUAACCCUGGUUAUUGAAACUAGUCUAUCCUUCAUCAUCUGCUACCUUACCUAUGUCUCCCUUCUCUUCUUUCUCUUCCAUCUAUGGCUGUCUAAUGUCUGUCCUCGUCCAUUGUUUUUAAGAAUCUUUCUAUUGUGUGCUGCUAGCUCUGUUCUUACUAUUGUUUCAUGUAAAAGUGUUGAGUGAGACAAUUGCUUUCCUCAUGAAGAAUGUUGAUUUAAUUUUCAUUUUGAUUCACUUGCCUGUGUAUGUACAGAGCUAAAUAAAUGGUCGAGUCGAAAUGCUUCAAAGUUCCAUUACUUUAAAAGAUAUUAGAUUUUUAUU